AUUCAACGAAGGAACUGAUCAGCCAUUAGAGUUUUAUUGUUGAUAAUAAAAUCAAACACUUGACAGUUCGGCAAAUUCCUAGGUUGACUAAAUUAGGGUCGCCAUCAAAAUGGCACAGAAUGCCUUUGGAAAAAGGCUCUUUGGCUCUGGAAGCAGACUCCAGCAGACAUUAAGCCCACUGGUACGGCGAAGAUGUCAAUCUACCAAAGCCGUUCCAUCAUUCACCCAAAGCUCCUCCGUGGACCUAGACCAAAAACUAAAUCGCAUACGACAAGAACUCUUCGUACCCAUGUACUUUGCCGAGCACCAAAAACGCCUCAUCUUCCGCGACAGGUACCGCGAGCGCCUAGAGCAGGAACAAGUGAAAAUUACAAUUGGAAACGAAGAAUUCACCCUUCGACCCAGGAACCGACAGUCUCUCCCGGACAAGCGCGAAGUCAAUCAGGCAGUGGAAGCAAUGAAAAAUACCCAGGAUUGGAAGAACUUCGUUCCGCUCCUGAUAGGAUCUCUGCACUCAAAGUAUAAGCCUAAAACCGACAAUAUCGAGAAAUGGGUUCGGUUAGCGGGCAAGUCGGACACGCUUGCAUUUAUCCUCGAGGCUGCGAAACAGUCCAGCAGGACAGGGUUUUCGUUCGCGAAUCGCAACGUCGCGUUCCGAUUUGCAUUUGAGUUGCACCAAAAGGCCAAAAGGGCGGAGUUCAAGGGUGAGCAGACGGCGGCUGCACUCCGAUAUGCAGAGCAGGCGGCUCAAUUGAUGGAGUGGGCUGAACAUACCAACAAAGAUAUUGCGCAAGAUCCGAAACGGCAGCCGUUUUUCAUUGGGGUACUUACGGAGUUAAGUGCCGCUUGUGCCCUUGACCAGGCUGGCGGUGAGGAUGUUAAUGGUAAAGUACUAUCUUAUGUACAGAAGCUGUUGGGAACGUGGGAUCUAGCUGCGUUGGAUCGUGAAUUAGGUUCAUGGUACGAGACGGAUACACUUUUACAAGAAGUUACACUUAUAUAUUCGGCUUUGGAGAUGGUGCGACAAGUCAAGAGCGUGGCACAGGAUCAAAACCUGACGAAAUCUAUUGAGCAGCGGUUGAAGCAAUUGAAAACUGUUGCUUCUAAAGCAGUGGAUCCUGCUCCUGAGGAGAGGAAGAAACAGCCCACGCUGGGUCUUAGGGAAGCUCAAGCUAUCCUCUAGACAGUGGUCUGAGAUGGUAGUUGCAUAAGAACCUCGGCGUGUUCUAUUCAAUAGUGUAUUUUACUAUAACUUCGUGUACUUUUACAUUCGUCUGGCUAGGUAUUUAUUCCCUGGCCUUAAAUCAUCAUUCAAUCUUCCCACGGGCCAAAAGAAUGUAUGUCUUUGCAUUCACGAAUUUUGAAGAAUAUCAUCAUGUUCAUAUGAAAGCCGUCUAAAUCAUACAGAAAGCCUCAAAUGGAAUAUCACUAUGUUCCAAGAAAGGUUUGCAGAUUUCAAUAAACCUAAAAUUGCAUGACUUGAGAAUCAACUCUUUACUUGAGUAACUGCAGCGUGUUAUCGUCACGGAAACGUGCACGCACAGGAAUCGUAAUUGUAUUCGUAACCACUGCCGGUCCAGUGACGGUAAGCUG